CCCUAUUGGCCGAUGUUACUCUACCAUUGAAGCCACGAAUGGGGGUAUUCUUGUUCCUAGACAGUCACAUUACAUGGAGCUUCUAGUAAUGUUCGAGCUGCAAGCGACGAGUACGGGUGGCCGCCGGUGACAGCGAGCAGCAUGGCCAGGGAUAGCGCAGAGAGCCGUUUCCGGGAGGCGCUGAACCAGCACGGAGGACCAGAGCAGGUUCUGCUGGUUGGGGAACUCUGGGACCGGAUAGAAAGUCGCGCAUUACUGGAAGAGUUUUUGCGAGAGAUUUUCCCAGAGGAGCAGAAGCACAUAGCUGGUGUUCCCCAGUGUAAAGACUCCCAGGACAUUAAGACCCCACACGAACUGAGCUUAAAGAACAAGGGCACCCGAGAACAGAAGUCCAAUAACAACAACAGUAACACUAACCAGGAGAAAACGAGCCCCCACUCUAACGGGCCUCGUCCUACCCAGGAUCGAACUCUCCGCUUCCCAUUGGUUUUCUUCUUAUGUCGCCCCAAGUCCCUGAAGCUGACCAAGCAGCAGUAUAUGCUGAGGGAGAUCCUGCGGGAUUUGAGGGUUCGCUUGCAUGGGGGAGGUGCAGUUAUUGGGGUUGUUAUGCAGACCCGGGGCAACGGGAAUUGCGUGAAAACAGAAUUACACGAAGUGGUGGAGAUGGCAGAGGACGUCAAGGCUGUAGAAUCAGGAUCCCCGGCUGGUCUGACCGCACUUGACAAUGACGUUGCCUCUCUCCUCCUAUUGCUCCAGUCUGUGUUUCCUCCUGGUAGUCCGGCAGAAGUGCGAGCGGCCGCACUCAUCCCCGGACAAGAGGAGACCCGUAGGGAGCUUCAGAGGGUAUCUUAUGAGGCCCUAUCAGCAGCUGCAGAUAAUCAGCAGACACACAAUUCUGAAGCUGUUCUUUUCAAUUGUUUUCCAUGGAGAAAACGAAGAAGAAAAAGAGAGGCUGUGCAGAAAGGUAAUGCUGAAGAAGGAACAACCCUCACUGUUUUUGAUCGUCCUAAUGGAACCUGUAUGGAAAAUACCACAGAAGCAUAGUGUUUGUUCAACAUAUUCUGAAAUUCCAGGCAUCCUGGUUUUGGCUGUGGGCUUCUGAAAUCCCAGGCAUCUAGGAUUUGGCUCUGAAUAUACACUGAUUUUUCUUUCAACAGAGGGAGCAAUCUGGAACCUUUUAUAGAGGAGUGUUGAAAUGUUCAAGUAACAAUUAUUAGAACUGGUUCUCUGUUUUUAAUAUGGAAGACGUUUACUUUAAAAAAAAAAAAAAAUGGGAUUAAUAGUUGUUGAAAACCUAUGAGAAACUGUUUAGGUUGGAAGCCUGUAUAAUAUUUAUCUGGGUUUUAUAAAUUACAGUUUUGUUUUUAUAAAUAUGCCACCCUGAGAUUAUCAGAUUUGGUUUUUAUGUAUUACUUUUAUGUUGAUGUACAUUUAUAAAAGUUGCACUAAAAAACUAUUUUGUGCUGCACACAAGGCAAAAAGA